UUUAACUUAAAAAACCUUUCAAACCUAAAAUGCUGCCGGUGUGGUACUGCUACAGUUUCAUUUCUUUGGUCUGCAAUGGACUGGUUUAUGGCGGGCUGAUCCAAGAUUGCUAUCUCUGCCGAAGGGAUGAACCCACAUGAGAACUCUUCAUGUUAAAAUAAGAUUGGAUGGAUUACGAAGACACUUCAAAAACACAGCAGGCAUAAUUCAUAAUGCAUGUAUCAUUGGCCGGUUGAACUUAAAUGAGUUCUAAUUCAAACCUCAAGUAUAGGAACGAUCAACGUCGUGGAUAAAAAUGCCUUAAUUUGUUCAACCAAAUGUAUAGCCUCACUCGGAGAGCAUUGGCACUUAAGAGUAUAGAAAAUCUGCAAACAACCUUAAUCAUAGCAAAUUUGCUUCUAUGUGGCCCUGUUGAUAGCUUGAAGAUCCCUUAAUAAUUUGAUACAGAUGGAAUCAGUCUCAACAUAGAAGUUUUGGAAGAGUCAAAGCAAGAUUCCCAGUUGUCAGGACCCUUCUAGAUUUUCUGGAGAGGUAAUACGUACCAUAGCCUGAGAUUGAUUCUCUCGAAUUCCAUUACAUCCAAUCCACUCCUUUUAUAACAGUAAUCCCACUUGGCAUAUUCUAAAUGACAGCUUAAUCUUGUUUUUAUUUGUAAUAUUCACACCCAUGUUCAAUGAUAAGAGCAGACCAAGUACUCACAGUAAGUAUAUACGAUAGUAUAAUACUUAUGUCCAGAUAAUAAUCAACAUUUGCCACUAGUUCGGUCUAUUUUUCUUGCUCCGGAUGUUGAAGCAAUUCUGCAAAUACCAUUGAGGAGGCAAGGUGGACUGGAUCGGCUAGCUUGGACAAAGGAGAAAUCAGGCAUGUAUACUGUUCGAUCGGCUCAUCGAGCGAUCGUGGCAGACAGACAACGAAAUGAGGCUGCUUCAAACAAUAACCCCUCUUCUUCGUUAGGCAGUGAGGAGGAGCUAUGGAAAAAUCUGUGGAAGCUUAUGGUCACUCCAAAAGUGCGGGUAUUUUGGUGGCGGGUUCUUCGUAGAAUCCUACCCGAUUAUGGGACCUUGUCACGACGGCAUAUCAUGGACAUUAGCACUUGUGGUCUAUGCAAAGCUGGGACAGAAACUCUGCUGCACGCACUUGUGGAAUGCAACCAUGCGAGACUUUUCUGUAAUGCGGCUGAAGAAGUUCUUUUUAUUAAACUGCCGCGCCUUCACCAAGCAACUUGGGCCGCUGAUAUUCUCUGCAACUCAAGGUUUGAUGAUAAAGAUAGGCCUAAAAUCAUCUCUGUGAUGCAUUCGAUUUGGCUAUCACAAAAUAAAUGGACUCAUAGUGAGGCUGGUUAUAUCCCAGCAAAGGCUAUGGAGUAUGUCCAAGAGCUUCUAUUAUCAAUAGAGCUACCCCCCACUCAUUCCGCGCCAAAGCAACCUCAGCCGGAGUGUACUUGGCAUGGACCACCGGCAGAUGUAGUUAAGAUUAACUCAGACGGUGCUUUGUGUUUGGAUGACAAUAUAGCGGGAAGUGGUGUAGUUGCACGCGACUGUGUCGGCUUUCGAGGUGCAGCUUGUAGAAGUUAUAUUGGGAUUUCAAACCCCUUGACGAUCGAAGCUUUGGCCCUGCGGGAUGCUGUUACAUUUGUCGUUAACCGGGGCUUCAAUCAAGUGAUCUUCGAGGUGGACUGUUCGGACCUGCUCUGGCAUUGGAACCAAUGACGUACUGAUCGUUCAAUUAUUUCCCCAAUCAUAGAAGAAAUUGGUGAGCUUAGUGAGACCUUUAUUUCUUGUAUGUUUGUUUUUAUGAGACGUGAAGCCAAUCAGACUGCUCAUUGCUGUGCGAAAUUUGCUUGCUCACAUGUUCAACAAACUGCAUCCUGGCUGGCAGAGGUCCCUAGUUUUCUUAAACACAGCCUGAGAGCUGAUUGUAACAUGGUUGAUUCUACUUAAUGAAGUUGUUUGUUUUCCCUAAAA